AUGGCAACUCGUAGAGUUUUAGGCGAGUCGAAUAUUCAAAAUCUACCCGAGCAAGGGCAAACUGUUGCACAAAGAAACAAAAGAAGUAUUUCUACAAAAGAAACUGACCGAAAGGUUAAAAAAACGAAGAAACAUGACGAACAUGAAUCUACGAAUAUCUUGGCGGAAAUCCCUGAUAAACACAUUACUGAAAUUAUUGAUAGACACAUUAAUGAAAUUACUGAAAAAAAAUCUCUCUCAGAACUUUAUAAAAGCCAAUUUUCUCUAUGGUAUCUCGAGUUAAGGUCCGGAUUUAACAUUUUACUUUAUGGAUAUGGUCCAAAAAAGGAAUUACUUGAAGACUUCUCUGAUGCCUACCUUAGAGACCAGCCACUUAUUGUGGUCAAUGGAUUCUAUCCGAAAUUAGAUGUUAGGGAGACUCUCAUGCAAAUUAUUGAUGGAAUCGAUAUUGACGUUGAUAUUAAGCCUGGAACUCGUGCGUCUAUGGAAAAACUGACGACGUUAAUCCGAGAAUAUUUUUCAAACCCUGACCGGGAUUUUCAACGCUUAUAUAUAGUGAUUCAUAACAUUGAUGGUCAAAAUCUUCGUACUUCACAAGUGCUGGAUUGUCUUGGUACCUUCGCAUCUUGUCCCAACAUUCAUCUUGUUGCUUCUGUUGAUAAUUUCAACGCAACUUUGCUCUUUGAUCAAGAUCGAACAGCUAUGUUUAAUUGGGUUUGGCAUGAUACUUCCACGUUUGUAUCAAAUGAAAAGGAUGUAAAAUUAACUGAUGAUACUUCCACGGUUGUAUCAAAUGAAAAAGAAGUAAAAUUAACUGAUGAUGUUUCCACGGUUGUAUCAAAUGAAAAAGAAGUAAAAUUAACUGAAGAUGCUUCCACGGUUGUAUCAAAUGAAAAAGAAGUAAAAUUAACUGAAGAUGCUUCCACG